AUGAAGUCCACGAAGCAGGCUCUGGAUCGUGGCUUGAAGUACAAGCAAGCAGUACGGGAUCAGAGGAAUGCCUCAAGUUCCUCCAAAUGGAAGCCUCCCAGCAUCCCACGUACAACACCAGUGGGAGUGGAGGAUAUGACUUUGCAAGACAUGAUGAAGAAAGAGAAGCUGAGCUACGCUGAUGCUGUUACUGUUUACUUGGCUUUGCAGGAGUCCCUGAAGAAGCCUUCCAAGAAGCCCAAGUCCGGGAAAGCCGCCGCGAACUCCUCUUGUGAGUCAGCUGCCCCGGCCGAGACCGAGGAAGCCCAGCCCAAGCGCAAGAAGACCAAAGCCGAGGAAGUCGAUAAGAAAUCCGGAAAGCAGCCCCCAGCCCAGGAAGUCGGUAUGAAAUCCGAAAAGCAGCCCCCAGCCCAGGAAGUCGAUAAGAAAUCCAGAAAGCAGCCCCCGUCUGAAGCCCUUUCCGUGGAAGGUUGCAACAGCAAGUCUGUGACUCCGAAGGCCAAAGCUUCUAAAGCCAAGUCUCCAUCCUUGAAGCGCAAAGGAGCUUUUCUGCAGGAGCCUGAGGCUGAGGUUCACGAGCCGCCGACCAAGCGAAUCAAGGGCAAGACUCCCGCAGAAGCAAGCCAUAUCCCCCAGGACCCCACCCUGGACGAGGACUCCACCCAGGUAGAGGAAGCCAUCCCGGAGGGGGAAGCCAUCCCGGACGAGGACUGGGAGGAUAUCUCCUACGAGUACGACCUAUGGAGGCAAGGACUUCCUCAGUCGAGUGAGCUGGAGGCUCACUUGAGAGAUCAUAGAGCUUUACCGGAGCCUGCUGCCGUGCCUGAGCCUGCUGCUGAUGCACCGGUGUCGCCACAUGCUGAUGCUAAUGACAGCCAAGUGUCUGGAAGUACCUUUGUGGAUGCUGAAGCCAGAUUGCAAGCAGGGCGCGGCCUCAGCCCCAAGGACCGCCAGGAUUCCCAGACGAACAUGAGCGGCCUGAGCGAUAUCGGACCCUCAGCAAGCCAAGUUGUUGGUGGGGCUGACCUGAACUUGUUGUUGCAGCGUGUGCAGCAGUUGGAACUUGAAAAGGCCGUGUUGGAGUCUCAGCUCAGCAGUGACUCAAAAGGUUCCAGUGCUACGGCUACGCAGCCCGAAGCUUCUGAAGCUCCCAAUGAGUCGAAACCAAAAGAUGCUGAAAGGCCAAUCGCUACGCCUGCAAGGUCCAAGGAGCACGUGUUCCACUCGCCGCCGCGGUCUUCCCCAACCAAGGUUGAUGGCCUUCCCGCCGGCUUGGCUGCAAGAAUCAGGACCCAAGCCGAGCCCGUUCCGAAACCAUCAGAGACGCCGGUGGAUAUGCCAGAGACGAAGACCGACGAUGGUCCGAAAAUUAGUUCUGUGACUCACCGAAAAGAAUAUGCCAAGCUCGAGAAGCGCCGCCUCUUGCGGCAGUGGGUGCUAAGUGGCCAGAACAUGCAAGCCUGCGAGAGCAGCAUCGAGGUAACAAAGGAGUCUGGAGUUCGUGGGGAGAAAAUCUGGGCGCAGAUCCCCGUGAAGGACAUGGGCCGAAAGCCCCACUUCUUCAGUGAGUGCUUCGGCACAAAAUACAACAUAUCAUUGCGACACAAGUGGGUGAACGGGAUGAACAAGCGCCGGAUUCCCUUGCCGGCUUUCGACCAGCGCAAGGAGCAGUUGGCUGCGUUGGCACUGCAGGAUGCAGGCGGUGCAGGCAAGGAGCUGAAGAAGAACAUCAACGGCAUCACGGACCUGGUGCUUGAUAUGGGUGAUGCUGCUGAUGAUGAUUCACAGAGGUUGCUCAAAGACGUGAAGGGCCACAAGAAGAGGCUCGACCAGCUUGCGAAGAC